AUCUAAGUUUCGGACAUAGUGCGUUUCACUUUUACAAGUGAAGUUUAAACCUCAAACGUUAGCUUAAGCUACAGAGUCAUUUCACGUUUUAUAGAUGGCGUUUAACGACAAACUACGUUACCAGCGGUAUUGGGGCAGUUUAAACUUCAGUUUAACAACACAUGGAGGAUCCGAGCCUAACUUUCUCAAAAUCAAAUUUUCAAAUAUUCCCUCCAAUUUUUUUAUAUUUGCUGUGCUUCUAUUGAAAACAUUUAUUUGUAUUUCUUCACAGUGUUAACCAAAAGUACUACUUCAUUGUCAGAGAAAUUUUUGAUUUAAACUCAAGCUUAAACCAUAAUUUAAACUUUAGUUUAUUCUUAACUUUUGUUUAAGAUGGUAAAAUUGGUCCUAAGGACUCACAUAGUGGCUUGAUAGAGACAGGGUGGCUACAUCAGAGAUUCUGAUUAAGUAUUUGAGAAUAUAAAUUACGACUUUUUGAGUGUUAUUAUUAGAAGAACAGUUAACAAUACUAAAUCAGUUGAGUUUCAGUAAAUAUGAACUUUAUUGAGCUAUAGUUGAUUUUCAUAGUCAUGUCAGUUACACAAAGGAGACAGCAUCCAGAGAAGAUGACGUAAGGUGGUGCUGUUAAUUAUGUAUGACUCGAAAAAUUGCCUAAACAAAUAUCCUUUGGCGUUUGACAUGUAAUUGAAGUACAAAUAAGAUACUCUUUCUGUCACCAAGUUUAAAAUGGCACCGACAGCUGGAAAAACUAAAACAGUUAAAGGACUCCCAGCAGUUCCCGAAUCGGUAUUAAAACACCGUAAACGUCGUGAAGCCUCUCGCGCCAAACAGCUCCAGUAUGCUAUCAAAAAAAAGGCAGAACAAAUUAAAAAGAGGAAAGAUAUCUUUAAGCGAGCUGAACAGUACGUAAAGGAAUACCGAUUGAAGGAAAGGGAUGAAAUUAGGUUAAUUCGUCAAGCUAAAAACAAGGGCAAUUUUUAUGUUCCAGCCGAAGCCAAAUUGGCUUUUGUUGUUCGUAUUAAGGGGAUAAAUAAAGUAGCACCUAAAGUACGAAAAGUUCUUCAACUUUUCCGUCUCCUUCAAAUCAACAAUGGUGUUUUCGUUAAACUUAACAAAGCCACAAUCAACAUGUUGAGAAUAUGUGAACCUUACAUUACUUGGGGUUACCCCAAUUUGAAAUCUGUUAGAGAAUUAAUUUACAAAAGAGGUUUUGCCAAGAUAAACGGCCAACGUGUCCCCAUCACUAGCAACCAAAUAAUUGAAGACAGAUUAGGAAAAUCUGGUUUGAUCUGUGUGGAAGACUUGAUUCAUGAAAUCUUCACAGUUGGACCCAAAUUCAAGUUUGCUUCCAACUUCUUGUGGCCUUUCAAGUUGAAUACUCCUACUGGUGGAUGGCGUAAGAAGACGAAUCACUACGUUGAAGGAGGAGAUUUUGGUAAUAGAGAAGAUAAGAUUAAUGAACUCCUCAGAAGGAUGGUUUAAACAUUGGUUUGAACGACUGUUUAUAAAUAAAUUAUCUAAAAUAUAACUUACUUUUAUUGUUGAUGAAGUUUUCCAAACUUUACAUUUAUUUAUUAAUAUAAAAAGACCACAUUGCUUUUACUAAGUUGAAAAUGUUGGACAAGAAAGAAAAUUUGGUGCAGGAUGAACCAAUGGUGCAAUGGUAACCAGAUUUUGGUGUUUCGAGACAACUUAUUCAAUACAUGAUUAUCAAUUUGUUAAUUUAUUGAGUAACAUGAGUUUGCAUCUCAUUUAAAAACUGAACGGCCACAAUAACGUAAGAAGUAAUGCUACCGACGAUGAAUCCUGUCAUUGUUGAUUUAACCACAAAGAAUCCGGAGGCCUUGAGACAUGGUUUUCUAUCUAGAGCUUGUUGAAUAAGGAAAAUAAGCUUUUGUCUGAUUUCUUCGCUGUUUUCUAAUUUAUUAAUCAAUCCAUAACAAACAUUAACAGUCUUAUUCGCUUCACUUGAAAGGUUCUCACCCGCUAAAGCCAAUGCCAUUAUUUUUACCUAAAAACAUAUCAAGAAUUAUAAAGAUUCAAUACAAUUGUAGAUAGUAAAAUAAUUGCUAUUCUGUUCAGACCAAAUCAACUAUUUUUCCUCAAUACAGUCAAAUCUCAUUUUAACAAAUUUCUUGAUAUAAUUAUGUUUAUGGUCAAAAACAAAAUUUUUGUAGAUUGUGGUAAAAAAAUCAACUUAAAGUAACGAUUUUCUUAUUCAAAACCUCAGUAAAGCUCAUUGAACUGUCUACAUCUUGGAGUUUCAUUUUCUACACAUUUUAAAAAGUAGUAUCAGCAGAUUAAACAUGGACUAAAUAUGACCAACGUUGCAUUUGAACCUAGAUAUACCGAAAUUUCACCAACUGAACUUUGCUAUAACGAAUUUUUUGUUCAGUCCCUUGAGAUUCGUUAUAUUGAGGUUUGACUGUAUUCUAUAAAUGUUUCUUUCAAUUUCAUUUUCCUUUUUAUUGUAUCAUUUAUAACCACGAUCUAAAGUUGACGUUGCUUUUUAUGCCCACUCUCACCGUUUAUAAUAACAGGUAACAAAGAGUAGACUAUUUAUGGCCACUUGCAACGUAAGUAAAGUAAAGUAAAAAUGGUUUAAAUUUUAACACUGGCUUAAUCAGGAUGCUCACAUACUGAUCACGCACUAAUCAUUGUUUUGGUUUACUACUUUUCUUCGAUAAAUAGACUUUAACUGAUAAAUGAUUAGAUAUAGAAGGAAUGCUUCAUAAAAAAAGAAGUAUGUUGGUAGUACUUUCCGAUACUUUCAGAAAAUACAAGGUGAUUAAUUUGAAAAGUCUAAAAAAUAAUGUAUUACUAUUUUGAUUCACCCCGUAUCAGAUUAAUGUAUAUUAACGAAAUAAAUAAUUUUUACUAUCAUAAUUUGGCCAGGACAAAUCUUAACUCUUGAAUUUCUCUUACAUUGUACAGGGUAUUAAAUGAUUUUUAUGGAACAUUGGUUAUAACUUAUUAAACACCUCGUAGAACAAACUGAUUAAAAAUAUGCAAUAAAA